AUGAACAAUCAACAGUACGCACAAGACUUUGGCUUUUCCCUCAUGGAGGACUCCAACGAACGCGCUGGUACGGCACCACCAAAAGUUGCAGCGACAGCAGCUAUGAGGUACGGCGGUAUGGAGAUGGACGUGGACAACGAUUCAACCACUGGCGCUGGAGCCCAUACCAAGCAACGCACCUACUACCAGGCCGAGAAGAAGUUCCGCUGCCAGGCCGACAACUGUGGCCGAUCGUUCUGCAGUCCCCACAACGUCCAGCAGCACAACCGCGAAGCUCACACCAAGGAGAAGCCUCACGCAUGCAGUAUCUGCGGCGAAAACGGCAAAUUGAAGGCUUUCACGCGCCCAGCCAGUCUCUACCGCCACAUCCGCGACAUCCACAAGGUCGACAUCGAGUACGAGCGUGGUAAGGGUGUACGCAAAAUUGUGGGACCUCGUAUGAAUCCGGUCCAUGCUGCCCCAGUCAAGCCUCCGCGCCAGGGCCAGCCGAAUGGUAGACAGCAGAAUGUGUAUGGCGCACCACAGCAUGAUUAUCCUUACUACCAGCAGGGCCGCAUCGAGCCAGUUGGGCACCACAUCGGGACUUCCGGCGAUCUGAACCAGUUCCAGAUGCCAGUGCAAGCCCUGCACUAUCAGCAAGACGGCAUGCAGGCAGUUGAGCACGGCGGUGGAAUAUCCGACCUCCCAACGCAGUUCCAGAUGCCAGCGCAACCCUCGCAUACCCAACAAAGCGGUGCGCAGGCAGUCGAGCAGACCAAUGAGAUGUUCGGCGGCCGUGUGCAGCUCGAGAUGCCCGCCCUGUCCCCUGUCCCCAAUGCUAACAUGCCAAUGAUCUACACAUGCGCGGAUGGCGCCUGCGGCACGUUUGACAACGCCUCUGACUUUUUGAUCCACAACCAUGAAGUCCAUGACAUCGCCCGCUCUGCUGCAUGCGCAUGCGAAUCGUGCUGGGCUGCCUUCUCGCGCGGCAAUCCGGACCAGACGCCGCAGCAGCAGUACCCAGUCGUCGAGGACUUCAUGCCUCAAAUGCCCACUGACGAAGCUCUCCCAAUCGUGCAAUAUCAGCGUCUUCCUGACAAGGCCACUAACAGCUCUGAAAUGGAUGCCGUCACUGCUGCGGAAUACGUCGAUCGCUGGAUGCGGGAAGACCUCUGCAGCUCGCUGCCGAAUUCUCCUGCAGCGGAAUGA